CUCUUUUUAUCCCCAUCCAAACUUGAAGCUGCGCCUAAAUAUAGGCUGGCCUGCAGAGGGGUAUAUAAACCCCUGGGAAUAUACGUAUACCGCGGCUUCACACUAGUUUGUCUUUCUUGAUCAUCCAGACCUCCACCCACAGUGUUCCAAGAUGGCACCAAAGAAGGCCAAGAGGAGGCAGGCAGCAUCCGAUGGCUCCUCCAAUGUGUUCUCCAUGUUUGAGCAGAGCCAGAUUCAGGAGUACAAAGAGGCCUUCACAAUCAUUGACCAGAACAGAGACGGCAUCAUCAGCAAAGAUGACCUGAGAGACGUCCUGGCUUCAAUGGGCCAACUGAACGUGAAGAAUGAGGAGCUGGAUGCCAUGAUCAAGGAAGCCAGCGGCCCCAUCAACUUCACCGUCUUCCUCACCAUGUUCGGAGAGAAGCUGAAGGGUGCUGACCCCGAGGACGUCAUCGUCUCUGCCUUCAAAGUCCUGGACCCUGAGGGUACUGGAAGCAUCAAGCAGGAAUUCCUCCAGGAGCUCCUGACCACUCAGUGCGACAGGUUCACCCCAGAGGAGAUCAAGAACAUGUGGUCCGCCUUCCCCCCCGAUGUGGCCGGCAAUGUAGACUACAAGAAUAUCUGCUACGUCAUCACACACGGAGAGGAGAAGGAGGAGUAAAGAGAAAUCUAGAAGACAAGAAAGACAGCUAUCCCUUUGCUUUCUGCCUUACCUUACCUUUUCUUUCCUCCUCUUCCUCCCCCUUACCUGCUCUGGAAACCCGUGUGCUCAGCCACUCAUGUUCAAACCAAAGGACUUGUCACAAUGACACGUGAGGUGGUUGAUGCCCAUGACAUGUCUAUGUUUGCUUAUGGGGAAUAGAGAUGAUUUUCAAUAAAAUGAUGCUGCAAAAUAAUUUGCAAACUCCAACAACUUCUCUUUCCUUCCUCUUCACCUCUUUCUGGCCUGCCGCUUAAUCCUCUGAGGGGUUUGUGUGAAUGAAACAUUAUCCCUGGGCCUCCCUCAGUAUCUGGGGGGGUUUACCGGGGCGUCACCAACCACGAGGGCCUCAUUCCAAAUUUUGAAGACGUCCUCUUGGGUAGAGGAAGUGAGAAGAGGCAGAGCAUCCUCAGAUAACAAAAAGGAAAGAAAAAGAAAGUUGCACCAAGAAAGUUAGGGCAGCUUUCUUUUUCUUUCCUUUUUUUUUGAAAAGUGAAAACAGAAGAAGCGGAAGGAGAGGAUGGAGAAAGGGACGAAAGAAACCAUUCAAGUCUUCGAUUUCUUUUCCCUCCAUUCCUUCCAGCUUCUAGUAAAUCACCUUUUUUUCCAUAAGCUGUCUCACAUCCAGCAACUUAUCCUUAAAUUUUCUCUGUAACGAAUAAAAGGGACAAAAUGUGAAUAAAAUCACUAUCCUUUUGUAUAA